AUGGCUGAAGCAGAUGAUGUUCCUCCACUGGAGGAUAUGUCGGAAAUGUUACACCAAGUUGAGCAACUAAGGGAACAAAGAGAAAAGAAAAAAAAGAACCCUCAGCACAAUGGAACAUCACACACACAGAAUGGAUCAAAUGUAAACAUAACAGAAGUAAAACAACACAGCAACAAAACCACAGCUGUUUCUGAACAGAAAGACAAAGCUGCAGCGAAAUCAGGGGGAGAAAAUAAAGGGGGAUUUGGUGGAAUGAGAAAAGGCUUUCUUUUUGGUGGAACUUCAUCUAAGUCAACGCCAAAAAAAAGUACAGCAGUUAACAAAAAGGAAACAAAAACAGACUCGGAUGAUUUAACAUUUAUAAAAAAGGAUGAGAAGGAAUCAUCAGCACAGUUUCAGUUUCCAGAAGUAGAGAAGGCAAUGAGUCAAACAUCUAGUCUUCUAGACAAUAAAGAGUGGGUAACUGACGAACUAUUGGAGAACGUCCAGAAGAAUGAACGCCUUACACGAAGCCUCCAGGACCCAGCAUUUGCUCGUGCUUUGGCAGAAUUCCAGACCAACCCUCAAGCUGCUGCUAUAAAAUAUCAGAACAAUCCAGAAUUCCAGGAAACUUUUAAAGACUUUUGUGGAUUAAUGGGUAACCAUUUUAGCAAAAUGGGAGAAAAUUCACCCACUGUACCAAACCCGCCACCUAAGGUCCAGGAGAUUCACACUAAAACUCCUGGAGGUGGAGCUGACCUGUCAGUUAGAAGUUCUACUAACCCAAAUCAACCAACAGCUGCUGAUGAGAAAAAAAUGCAAGAGAUAUUAUCCAAUCCUGAAACACGUGAGAUCCUGAUGGAUCCAUGGAUACAGAAGUUGUUUGAGAAAAUGAGGUUUGAUCCUGUCAGUGGACAAAGGUUUCUUCAAGAGGCUGACAGAGACAAACAGGAAAAGAUUCAGAAGCUUGUUAAUGCAGGAUUACUGCAGUUCCAAAGGUGAUAGUAUAGGAUGGUUACUUUCAAGUGCAAUCUCCAACACCUAUUGACUGGCUCCAGGUUCACUCACUUUAAGAGGUCUGUGCCAUCACUGUCCGAACAUCAUUGUAUUGGCCGCAGCAGAUGAAACAUUCCACACUGAGGAAGUGUAACUGACAUAUUUGUUUAUCAAUAUGCAGUUGGAUAUCUGUAGGUACUAACUCACUAUAAAAGGCCAAUUUAUACAGCAUUUCUAUUCCAUAUUAAUGUUAUGACUGUGACUGGUUUUGCCAGUUCCGCCUUGCCAGUUUUCUAGCCCCUAAGAACAAUUUAAUCAUAUGAUCAGGGUACCAGUUUGAAGGUAUUUUAGGGGCUAGAAAACAUUGUAAAUUUGCUAACACGAACUGUAACUGUGGAAACCAGAUGUCAAGAAAUAAACAUAUAAAACCAUGUAGAUCAAAUCACAUGGCAUGAUAAGAGUGGUGACAUUACAGUAUGGUAAGGUCAAUGUACAUCAGUGAGAGUAUGAUUACGUCAGCUGAUAUAAUAUAUCUAAACCAAUGGAAAACAUUGUUACAUCAGCUGACAGAAUAAUUAAGAUGUAUGCCAACCAACACGAAAAGUUUAUUUUUGCCCAUCCUUGGCUUGUAGUAAACCAUGCAAGUGAUAAAGUGUUAUACCUAAUCCAACUCAUUGCUGCAAAGCUCAAUAUGUGUAUUUAAGAAAAACUAAUAUCAAUACAACAUAUGGCGGAAACUGACACACUUUUCUUGUCACAGAAAUGUAUAAUGUAUCGAAUGAAGGUGAGUGGCACAAAGCCAGUCCCUACCAAGUUUACAAUCAUAUAUCAUAUUAAUGUAGACCUGAUCCCAUUGCUCAAAACAAAAUGGUGCCUGAUGAUGUUUUAUGUGCGAUAUUGGGUACAGGGAUGUUUAUAUUUAGGUCAGUGAUCAACCAUGUAACAUUACAUCAUGAUCCAUAACUGGCGAAUCUGUUCGGUAAAUAAUAAAAAGUAUUCUACCUACUUAACCUUGUGAAGCUGGUCGAUGUUGAGUACACUUCUACCCACCAUGUUUUAGUUAUCACAUGAUAGGUUAACAUACAUUA